AGUUUUCCUUUCAAAACCACAGCUUGCUUCCUCCAUCUGAAAGACUCACUUUUUCGGCAGUCCCUCUGAUGACAUCACUGGAGCAGAGGUUAUGUAAGUUAAGGCCCCCACGUUUCCACAGCACUUUCCAGAACAGAAAACACCUCCGAGGGCAGCUCUCGCCAUCAGAAAACGCAGCUGAAGUUGUGAGCGCGUUCAUUUUCUUUCUGAGUCACUGUGGAUGGCCUCCCAGGCCCUUCUGGAGUUCCAGUCCUCCAACCAGAGCCAGCUCUUGCCUCCAAAUGCCACAUCCUGUGACGAUGCUCAGGAAGCCUGGGACCUGCUGCACAGAGUGUUACCGACAGUCAUCAUUGCCAUCUGCUUCUGUGGCCUGCUGGGAAAUCUUUUCGUGCUGUCCGUCUUCCUCGUGUCGCGGCGGCGUCUGACCGUGGCUGAAAUCUACCUGGCCAACCUGGCAGCUUCUGAUCUGGUGUUUGUCUUGGGCUUGCCCUUCUGGGUGGAGAACAUCUGGAACAAGUUCAACUGGCCUUUUGGAGCCCUCCUCUGCCGCGUGGUCAAUGGAGUCAUAAAGGCCAAUCUAUUCGUCAGCAUCUUCCUGGUGGUGGCCAUCAGCCAGGACCGCUACAGCGUGCUGGUGCAUCCCAUGGCCAGCCGGAGGCGGCGGCGGCGGAUGCUGGCCCAGGCCACCUGCCUGCUCAUCUGGGUCUUCGGGGGCCUUCUGAGUAUCCCCACAUUCCUGCUCCGCUCUGUCAAAGCCGUCCCGGACCUGAACGUCUCCGCCUGUGUGUUGGUGCUCCCCCACAAAGCCUGGCUGGUUGCAAGGAUUGUGGAGUUAAACAUGCUGGGUUUCCUCCUCCCACUGGCUGCCAUCGUCUUCUUCAACUACCACAUCCUGGCCUCCCUGCGACGGCAGGCGGACGUCAGGAGGACGAGGUGUGGGAGUCCCACGGAUGGCAAGACCACGGCACUUCUUCUCACGCUCGUGGCCGCCUUCCUGGUCUGCUGGGCCCCCUACCACUUCUUUGCCUUCCUGGAAUUCCUGUUCCAGGUGAAGGCCAUCCAAGGCUGUUUCUGGGAUAGCGUCAUAGAUCUGGGCCUCCAGUGGGCCAACUUCUUUGCUUUCACCAACAGCUGCCUGAAUCCAGUCAUCUAUGUCUUUGUGGGCCAGCUUUUCAGGACCAAGGUCCGGGCCCAGGCCCCACUUUGAAGGGCUGACACCUGGCAUGGAGGACGGAGUUAGCAGAUGGUCUUCCAGCACCCCGGCUCCAGCACCCACGUGGGCUCCCACUUUCUCACUGAGAAGGGCCUAGCAGAGAUGCAGAGCUUCCCCAAUCCACUUUUCCAGCUUUGAGCCUGUCAUGUGAGCCCACACUGCCUGCCUCCUUCCCCACCACACCCAUCACCCCAUCCAUCAUGGCCAUUGGGUAGCACUAAGCCCCCCAAGUCCCAGCCUGGGGAGACUCCCGUGUGUUGCAAUGGACAGAGGCAUUUUCCUGUUCACCGGAGAUGAGUCACAGGCUUGACGAGGAGCAGAUGGGAAGUCUUCUCCUAUGAGCUAG